AUGGUUUUACUUUACGUUAUUGCCUUCAGUGUGCUUGUUAUUAUUAUAAUAGCCUUUUCAAUAAGAUUAUCGCAAACCGCAAGUAAAUUACGAGACCCAAUCCACGUAUGGAAAACACUGGCACGUGCAAGAAGACUACGUCCUAUAGCAUUUUCUUUCUUGCUUAGAUACGCGAUUCCUUAUACUAGUGGAAUUCAUUUUCGUGUCACAACGCUAGAUAAGGGUUUAUGUUCUGCAAUUUUAAAGGAAGAAAAGCGUAUACACAACCCAUUUAAUAGCAUUCACGCGGCCGCUCUCUGCACAUUUGGCGAAACAAUAGGUGGACUAGCAGUAUUUUCACAAUUGAGCAAGAAAGAUCGCGCAAUAAUCACUAGAAUAAAUUGUGAGUACUUUAAAAAAGCAAGAGGUCCGAUCACCGCAACUUGCAAUUUCAAUCCCGGUUUCAUGAGUGGUAAAGUGGAAAAAGAAUCAGAGGUUAUUCUAAAUGAUGCAAUGCUUGAGCCAGUUGCAAAAAUCACGGUUUAUUGGUUCAUAGAGUGCAAGAGCGAAUAA